AUGGAUGUGCUCCAGGAAAUCGGGGAGCAUCCUUCAAUGGUCAGGACGGUGGAAUUGCACACCUCAGGGGAGCCCACAAGGAUCAUCGUUUCUGGGUUCCCAGAGCUUGAAGGAGAGACAUUGUUGGAAAAACGGCGCUAUGCCAGUGACAAUCCUGCAACCGACGCGGUUAGAAAAUGGCUGAUGCUCGAACCACGAGGACACGAAGGGAUGUACGGCGCAAUCCUUGUACAAGACACAGAGUUGACGCUAUCUGGUGAAGCAGAUAUCGGAGUUCUAUUCUGUCAUAAUGAGGGUUACUCUACGAUGUGUGGUCACGCAACGAUUGCUCUGGGCCGUUUCUUGGUUGACACUCACGACUCGGAGGUAUUUCCUCGAAGAUCGUUGCUGCAGGUGCAGAAAGACGACAACGGACAGACGUUCACCGUGCUCAGGCUUCAUGCACCUUGUGGUGUUGUCACUGUCAACGUGCCCACUACACUCGAAGAUAAAUCAGACGCAACAAAGCCUGUCCGAUUUCAGUCUGUUACUUGCUUUGUGUCCUCCCCAAAGCAAGGCGUCACAGUCGAGGUCCCUUUAGAGAUGGCAUGGCCAAAGCUCAUCAAACAAAACAAGCGACAGAUUCGAAUGGACAUCUCAUAUGGUGGAGCCUUCUAUGCUCUCGUGUCUUCAGCGGAACUUGGUUUUGCUUCCCUCAGAGGGUCUAAUUCUGAAUUUAAAGAGCUAGCAGAGGCUGCACGCAUACUUCGUAUCCUUUUGAAUCAAAAUUCCCAAGCGCGCAGAUCAUUCGUUCAUCCUAAUGAACCGGAUAUAGGUUUUUUGUAUGGAAUCACCGUUAUCGACUCAAGUAUCUCAAGAAAUGGAGCCUCGGACCAGGACGAAAAUACUGUGACAUGGAUCUGCUUUUUCGCUGAUGAGCAGAUUGACCGUUCACCAACAGGGUCUUGCGUCAGUGCUCAUGUUCCGCUAGCCGUUGACCAGACUCAGCUUAGGAUAGGGGAAUGGUGCACAUACCAGUCGUUUAUUAGCGUACAAUUUGCUGGAAACGCGUUUAGAGGGCGCGCCGUUGCGCACACCGAGAUGGGUUAUGUUGUUGAGAUUGAGGGUUUUGCACAUUAUACAGGAACAGCCACCUUCAUACCUCCGCAGAAUAUGAUGGAUGCAAUAGGCAGCGGUUUCGCAUUGAAGUUGCCCUCAUGA